GGCCCCCGGGGGGCUUUCCAACUGGAAACCCAGAAUGAGAUCCAAGCUGCGAUGCGCUCCAAGAAGCAGGCCCGGUUCUCCGGGAUCAGUGAGCUGGAAGAGGUCCUCACUUCCGAGGGUCAGGGCUUGGAUGGGCGCCCGGGGUUAGGGCGGCUCUGGGUGGGAGGGGGGCACCUGGAAACGCUGCCCCCAGCCUCCUCCACCCGCCAGCCCCUCCCGCAGGCCCUCCGCCUCUAACACAGAGUUGUAAGGUGGGACGGCAGGUGCUGGGAAAGCACCUGGGAGGUGGGCAGGGCAGAGGGGGGCCCAGUCUGACAGCCUGGUGAGCACCCCUCGAGGGCAGGGACACAGGAGGCAGGAAAUCCUAGGGAUUCCAAAGUGCCCUCAGGGAAUCGGGGCUUUGCUGGGAACCGGGGAGCAGCCAUGGGGUCCUGGGAGCCCUGCAUCCGAGAGGUCCCCCGCCCCUCAGGUCUGAGCCCUGGACCGCAGCGUCCCUGGGGUCCUCGGGGAAUGGGAUGGAGGCUGAACUGCUGGAGUGGGCACAUCUCUCCUCUGCCCUCGUUUUAGCCCCAGAGGAGAGGCUACGGCUCCUUUGCAGGGGAGAAGACUGAGGCCUUGCUCCCGCAGAGGUGGGAGCUGGCCUGGAGCCCCCUGAGCCCCAGCAGGCGGGCAGGGCACCCCCAGUUCCCCAGGCGCUACGGGGCCCGGCUGAGGGGCCCCUGGGGUCCUGGCUUCCUGUCUUUCUCCUGCCCCUCACCUCCUGGAGAGGAAGAGGAGGUUCCACCCUGACCCUGGCCUCCCUGCGGGUGGGCUGGCCCUAGCCCAGGAAUGCAUUCUUGCUUCCUGCUUGAGCAAUGUCACUGUGAUUUGGGGGUCCCUGGGGGCGGGAGGAGUCCACAGCCCUUCCCACCCUGCAAGGUGGCCUGCCGCCCCAGGAGUCCCCCUGGCUCAGGCUGGCGGAGGCUCCAGAUGGGGCUUGGCAGACUGUGACUGUGUGGAGUCUCUCUGCCUCAGUUUCUCUGCUGUGCCUGGAGGGGUAAAGAGACCAGAGGACAGCAAAGCUCAGUUGGAAGGAAGCCAGGGUACUUUGGGGGUGGGGGGCUGGAAGUCCAGCCCCCAGGCCCUGCACCCUCUGUGUCCUGAUGAGCUGGUCAAGGGGGUACCGCAGGGUACCUGCUUUCCCAGCUGGGCACCCUGAGGCCUGGACGGGGCAGGGUGCGGGCUGGUGCCCCAGGGGAGGAGGCGCACUCAGUUCAGGAAGAGGGAGGCAAACACGCUGCCCCUACGGGUGGGUAGAGACGCAGGUGCAAGGGAAGCCCCCUCCCUGAGGCCCAGUGGCGUUUCGAGAACCGCAGGUCCCAGGGUGGACUGUCCAGUGGGCGCUGGGUGCAGGCCCCGUCCUCCUCCCCCACGCCUCCCCUGAACAGAUGCGGAAGCCGAGCCCCCUCCCGGUCAGCCCAGCCCCCCUCCUCAGCUUCGGCUGAGCUGGGACUUGAACUCGGGUCCUAAGUGACCCUGCCCGGGCCCCCCUGCAGCCCCAGGGUCCUCUGGAUCUGGAGAUGCUGAGGUGAGCGGCUGCUGGGGGGCGGGGGCACGAAUAGGAGGCAAGUUGGGGCUCUGUCCCGGCUCCCUGCCCCUCUGAGCCUGACCCAGUAGCGUCCCCUACUGUCCUGGCUUUGCCGGGAGCCAGGGGUCAGCCAUGGGGUCCUGGGAGCCCUGCACACCAGCUCCCCCCGGCAGCCAAGCUGGCGCCAAGUCCUCGCACGCACGGCCUACCCCCUGGGCGCUGGCAGGAGGGGCGGCAGGGGGAACGGCAGAAAGAGAGUUAACAGCAGCUGCUGACUUCUCUCUGGAAGGAAAAACUCCCCAUAAACGCCCUGUUGCCUGGCAUCUUGCCAGGGCCAAGAUAGAGGCCAAAACUGGAAGUCCCGGCGGGUGGCCAGCUCUGCCUCUGCAGAGGACGCUUGAAGACAGAGCAGCCCCGUGGCCAGCCAUCCGUCCACACACCCACCGUCCACCCGGCUGCCUGCUGCUCAUCUGGAAACCUCUGUCUGCCCACCCAUCCGACUCUGUCUGUCUGUCUGAUCCUCCUCCGUCCUGCCAUCUGGCUGUCCGCCCACUUGUCUGUCUGUGGCCCCCGUCUGGUGGUCCACCUGCCCUGUCGCCUGUGAGUCCGUCAGCUCCGCUUGUCGGGUCAGCCUCCCACCUCCCUCUGCACCUCCCUGUCGGCUGGCUGCCUGCCCCCCUGCCUCCCCUCUCCCCUGGGCCGCAGCCAUGGCCCAGGGCCGCGGGGCCGUGGUCAGCCUGGUCCUGCUGGGGCUGGGGCUGGCUCUGGCCAUCAUCGUGCCCACCGUGGUCGUCUCCCGGCACCGUGUCCACUGCGGCCCCCAGGCCUUUGCCCACGCUGCGGUCGCUGCGGACUCCAAAACCUGCUCGGACAUUGGACGAGCCAUCCUCCAGCAGCGCGGCUCGCCGGUGGACGCUGCCAUCGCGGCUCUGGUCUGCACCGGGGUCGUCAACCCCCAGAGCAUGGGCCUGGGUGGAGGGGUCAUCUUCACUAUCUACAACGCCACCACAGGGAAGGUGGAAGUCAUCAACGCUAGGGAGACGGUGCCCUCCAGCCCCAUCCCGGCUCUGCUGGACCAGUGCGAGCAGGCCCAGCCUCUGGGCACAGGCGCGCAGUGGAUCGGGGUGCCCGGGGAGCUCCGCGGCUACGCUGAGGCCCACCGCCGCCAUGGCCGCCUGCCCUGGGCACAGCUCUUCACGCCCACCAUCGCGCUGCUCCGGGGGGACUUCCGCGUGCCCACCGUCCUUGCCAGCUUCCUGCACAGCCCCUUCCUGCGCCCCGCCCUUACGAAGUCAUCCCUGAGGCAGCUCUUCUUCAAUGGGACAGAACCCCUGAGGCUUCAGGACCCACUGCCGUGGCCUAUGCUGGCCGCCACCCUGGAGACAGUGGCUGCAGAAGGCGCGGAGGCCCUCUACACAGGGCGGCUAGGCCAGCUGCUGCUGGAGGACAUCGCCAAGGAAGGUAGCCAGCUGACCCUGCAGGACUUGGCAUCCUUCCAGCCUGAGGUGGCGGAUGCCCUGGCCAUGCCCCUGGGGGACUAUACCCUGUACUCGCCGCCGCCGCCUGCUGGGGGCGCCAUUCUCAGCUUCAUCCUCAACGUGCUCAAAGGGUUCAACUUUUCCGCCGAGUCGGUGGCCGGGCUGGAGGGGAGAGUGAACUUGUACCAUCACCUCGUGGAGACGCUCAAGUUUGCUGGGGGGCAGAGGUGGCGGCUGUGGGACCCUCGAAGCCACCCAGAGGUCCAGAACGCCUCCCGGGACCUGCUGGGGGAGGCCCUGGCCCAGCAUAUCCGCCAGCAGAUGGACGCCCGGGGUGACCACCCGCUUGACCACUACAGCCUGGCCGGGGCCUGGACCCACAAGAUGGGCACGGCCCACGUGUCCGUGCUGGGAGAGGAUGGCAGCGCCGUGGCCGCCACCAGCACCAUCAACACGCCCUUUGGAGCCAUGGUGUACUCACCACGCACGGGCAUCCUUCUCAACAACGAGCUUCUGGACCUGUGCUGGCGGCACUCACAAGGCUCCAGAGCCACGCCCCCGCCCGGUGACGAGGCUGCCCUGACUCCUGUCCGGCCCCCAGUUCCAGGUGAGCGGCCCCCGUCGUCCAUGGUCCCCUCCAUCUUGGUCAGCGCAGCCCAGGGGUCGAAGCUGGUGAUCGGCGGGGCUGGCGGGGAACUCAUUAUCUCUGCGGUGGCCCAAGCCAUCGUGAACAAGCUGUGGCUGGGCUUUGACCUGCAAGCCGCCAUCAAGGCCCCCAUCCUGCAUGUGGACAGCAAGGGCCAGGUGGAGUUCGAGCCCAGCUUCAGCCAGGAGGUUCAGAAGGGGCUCCAGGACCGGGGCCAAGAGCAGAGCAAGAGGCCCUUCUUCCUGAACGUGGUCCAGGCCGUGUCCCAGGACGGGGCCUGCGUGCAUGCCGCAGCGGACCCGCGGAAGGGCGGCGAGCCCUCGGGCUACUGAAAGGCUGGUCCCUCCUGAUUUGGGGUCCUGCCCAGCAUGCACCCGGCUGGCCUGGCCCGGGGGACCGAGCACUCUGGCAGGAUCUGGGCCCCUGGACCGGACGGUUGGUCUGGGGCUGCAAAGAGGUGGACAGCCCAGCAGACGGAUGGCUGUGGGGGCCAAGUCCCCCCACCAGAGCCCCUGCCCUGGCCGCGCCAGGCCUCACCCAGGACUGUGCCCCUGCCCCCUGGAAACCCCGCCCCCCACCUGUGUAUCCUUUGGUCUGAGAUUAAAGAAGAGACUGCACCA